GGUAACAGGAGGUGAAUUAUUCGAAGAUAUUGUAGCAAGAGAAUUUUAUUCAGAAGCAGACGCUUCACAUUGUAUACAACAAAUUUUAGAAUCUGUCAACCACUGUCAUCAGAAUGGCGUAGUACACAGAGAUCUCAAGUUGAAAAUUGGAGUUAACCAAAUUCAUUUUAUGGAAAUUUCAGAUAUCUUCAUUUUUUACAAAGAAAAUCGAGGUUGUUUCAGUAUUUUGAACCAUUAUGGUCUGGCGAUAGAAGUACAGGGAGAGCAACAGGCAUGGUUCGGAUUUGCGGGUACACCAGGUUACCUUUCACCGGAGGUACUGAAAAAGGAACCUUACGGAAAACCAGUAGACAUAUGGGCGUGCGGAGUGAUUUUAUACAUUCUCCUCGUGGGUUAUCCUCCAUUCUGGGAUGAGGAUCAACAUAGGUUAUAUGCACAGAUUAAAGCUGGAGCAUACGAUUAUCCCAGUCCAGAAUGGGACACAGUGACACCAGAAGCGAAGAAUCUCAUCAACCAAAUGCUUACGGUCAACCCUGCGAAAAGGAUCACAGCAGCAGAAGCUUUGAAACACCCAUGGAUUUGCGACUUUGUAGCUAACGUUUCGUUGCUGUGCCGCGGUUUCCGAUCUCAAGGGUGGGAAUAUGAGGAAAAAAUGGAUGAUGGCGCUCCUAGGGAAAAAUACUCCGGUAAAAUAGCUCCCCAAUUAGAUCUUCAGGCAAAGGCUGCGGAAGUUAUUCAAAAACCACUAUUUUUGACAGUCGACAGAGUCUUCCUAACAUCAUUCCACAGGGAAAUAGCAUGUUGUCUGCCUCCAACUAAUAUUCUCACUAACUUUUUAGGUCGCAGUAUAAUAGUGAAGAAAGGAGAAGGAUCUCAAGUUAAGGAAUCUACUGACAGUUCUACGACAUUGGAAGACGACGAUAUAAAAGAAGAUAAGAAAGGCGGAGUCGAUAGAAGUUCGACGGUUAUAGCCAAAGAACCUGAAGGUUCUGGAACACCUCCGCAAUCGCCAAGGGUGGCUCCUGUUUCCUCUGGGUCACCUUCCAGUUCUGUGGCCGCUCCAACCCCAAGGCCGAAUGCGAUGAGUUUGGGGCAGGCUUUAUUACAAGGCAUACAAGAAAUACGGAUUGUGUGCCCUGAUAAGCCGUACACCCAACUAUCCACAAACUCACAAAGUUCAGCUCGGCGGCAAGAGAUCAUUAAAAUGACCGAACAACUGAUAGAAGCUAUAAAUACUGGCGAUUUUGAAGCAUACACGAAAAUAUGUGAUCCACAUCUAACAGCGUUCGAGCCCGAGGCGAUGGGAAACUUAGUAGAAGGAAUGGAUUUUCACAAAUUCUAUUUCGACAAUGUCCUGGGCAAAAACUGUAAAGCGGUUAAUACUACAAUACUUAAUCCACAUGUACACUUAUUAGGCGAUGAUGCGGCGUGUAUUGCUUAUGUUAGGUUAACUCAGUAUAUGGAUAAGCAUGGUCAAGCACAUACUCACCAGUCUGAAGAGAGCAGAGUGUGGCAUAAAAAGGACAAUAAGUGGCAGAAUGUUCACUUUCACCGCAGCGGUGGCAAUGGCGGAGCAGCGUUUGGGUUCAGUGCACAUAAAUAGAAGGAUUAGAAUCAUUCUAGAUGGAGUAAUGCAAUUGUGGUGUCCCACAAAUUUAUAUGAACUGUUUAUUGUGAAAUCUUCGUGAUGUGUGAUUCUCAGAUUUUUCAUUUUUAUAUUAAUUUUUGGUUUCUCAUGAACUUUUAAUUCAUCUUCACUACUUUCUAGGUAUUAUUGUAAUGUUAUUAUAUUACCAUUUCCCGAGUGGAGCCUAUCACUUUUCAAGCAAUUAUUUCAAAAACAUAUACGUAGUAGAAACUACUUCUUGAAUUCAAAUUGUACAUAAAGAUGCUUAAGAAAAUAAGUGAAAUAAGAAGCCAAUAUUCAAUAAACUCAACUAUUUAGUCUUAAAAAAUUUUACACAUAUAUAGUUGACAACAAAAUAAACUUAGAUAGUACUUAUACAAAA